AUGAGCGCGGGACAGGAAAGCGAGGAGCAGCAAAGGCGGCGGCACGAGCAGCUGUUCCGGCGACUGGACCUCGACGGGACGGGGCGCGUGGACCUGGCGACGCUGCAGCGAGCGUUCGAGCGGGAGGGACACCCUCUGCGGGACAGCGCGGAGGCGGUGGCGGCGGUGUUUGCGGCGCUGGACGCGGACCGGGACGCGGUGGUGGACUUUGCGGACUUCCAACGGUACCUGGGGGAGGCGGAGCGGCAGAUCCGGCGGGGGUGGGAGCAGCUGGACGCGGAUGCGGACGGGCGGGUCGGCGCGGCGGAGCUGCAGGGCUACGUGGGCGGCGAGGGCGGGCGGUUUCUGGAGUGGGCGUUUCCGCGGGCGCGGGGCGGGUACGUGACGUACGAGCAGUUCCGGGACCUGCUGUUGCUGACGCCGCGGCAGGCGGGGUCGCGGCUGCGGACGGCGUACUCGUACUACGCGAGCGAGGACCUGUCGUCGGAGGGGGACAUGACGCUGACGAACGACUUUGUGCGGGGCUUCGGGUUCUUCCUGGCGGGGGGGUUUGCAGGCGUGGUGUCGCGGACGUGCACGGCGCCGUUCGACCGCAUCAAGGUGUUUUUGAUUGCGCGGACGGACCUGUCGUCACCGUUGCUGCACACGCCGGAGCAGCUGCUGCACCACAACCCCCGCGCGGACCCGGCGAAGAUCCGGUCGCCGCUGGUGAAGGCAGCGACGUCGUUGUACCGGCAAGGCGGCCUGCGCGCGUUCUACCUGGGCAACGGGCUCAACGUCAUCAAGGUGUUCCCGGAGUCGGCGAUGAAGUUCGGCUCGUUCGAGCUGGCGAAGCGCGUGCUGGCGGGCUUGGAGGGCUGCGGCGAGACGGGCGAGCUCUCGCGCCUGUCGACGUACGUUGCGGGGGGGCUUGGCGGCAUCAUGGCGCAGUUCUCGGUCUACCCAAUCGACACCUUGAAGUUUCGCAUACAGUGUGCGCCCCUGGAUACGCGCUGCCGGGGUCUGCCGCUGCUAAUCAAGACGGCGAAGGACAUGUACCGCGAGGGGGGUCUGCGACUCUUCUACCGCGGCCUUGGCGUUGGCAUUUUGGGCGUGUUCCCGUACGCGGCGCUCGACCUCGGCACCUUCUCGGCCCUCAAACGCUGGUACAUUACCCGUCGCGCAAAUGCGCUGGGCAUCUCCGAGAACGAAGUGGUCAUGAGCAAUCUCGUGGUGCUGCCGAUGGGCGCCUUCAGCGGUACGGUCGGCGCCACGGUGGUCUACCCUAUCAACCUUCUACGGACGCGGCUCCAGGCCCAGGGCACGUAUGCGCACCCGCAUCGCUACGACGGCUUUCAAGACGUGUUCCGGAAGACCGUCCAGCGCGAGGGCCUCCCCGGCUUAUACAAAGGGUUGGUUCCUACAUUGGCCAAGGUCUGCCCGGCAGUCGCCAUCAGCUACUUGUGCUACGAAAACUUGAAGCGCGCGAUGCGCCUCGAAUGA